AUGGCCACCGCCGUACGUCCGAAGCUGAAGACAGCCUACAAAAAGGCUCGCGUUAUUGCGCCGCUGCACACAGAGGGACCGGUAGCCGUCACGCAAGAUGGGACCAGAUUGUUUACAUGCGUGGGGGAGGAGGCUCUCAUGACGGACCUGAAGGAGGGGAAAGAGAUUUGUCGUUUUGCUGGGGAUACCGCAUCUAUCACUGCGUUUUGCGUGACGCCGUCGGGGACUUAUCUACUUCUUUUUACCUCUUCGCUUGCUCUUCGUAUCUAUGAAAUCCCAUCCUCGUCGACGCCACUCACCAAGCCCGUCCACCCCAUCCGGGUCAUUGCCCGUGCACACGAUGCCCCCGUGCACGUCUGCAAAGCCGACCCUACGUCCACUUACCUUGCCUCCGGCUCCGCAGACGGUAUGGUCAAGGUGUUGAACAUCCUCCGCGGGUAUGUGACACACGUGUUCAAGGGACAUGGAGGCGUUGUCAGCGCGCUCGCAUUCAACUACCCGUUUGACCCUUCCUCCAUCAACCGAGAAACAAAAAUGCAACUCAUUACUGGAUCGGUCGAUACUCGGAUACGUAUCUUUGACCUGUCUGCCUCAGCAGCCAAGACAGGGAUGCCUUCCAAGCCGGAGGCCGUACUUGAAGGACAUGUCUCGGUGCCUCGUGGUCUGGACGUUUCUCCGGAUGGUAAAUGGCUCGUCAGUGGUGGACGCGAUUCUGUCGUUCUAGUCUGGGAUAUCUCCUCUACGGUAUCUGCCAAGAAAACCAAGAGCAGCAAGGGUAAAGGCAAAGAGACGGCAUCCUCCCCCGCACUGGUGAAGACCAUCCCUGUCCUAGAACGCGUGGAGGCGGUCGGCCUGCUCCGCCCCGAUGAAGAGCUGCCCGGCAUCCCAUCCGGCGCCGGCAAGCUGCGCUUCUUCACAGGCGGAGAGAAGGGCAUCGUCCGAGUGUGGGACGCCCAGGACGGCACAGUGCUCUUCACGCUCGGUCAUGAGCAGGAUUCUGUAUCAGAGGAGCAGGAGGAGCAGCGCCAGAUAGUCGAUGCCAUCUACCUUCCUGGGGUGUCCACUAUCGUCUCAAUUCACGCGGACCAAAAUAUCCUUUUCCACUCUCUAUCCACCCAAUCACUGACUCGCCAGCUGAUCGGUUUCAACGAUGAGAUAAUCGACGCUGUCUUCCUAUCGCCCAAUCUCCCACCGCAGGCCGGGCCAUCCUCGUCCAAACUGACAGAUACCCAUAUAGCCCUGGCUACAAACUCAUCGUUAAUUCGAAUGUAUUCAACAACAUCGCUAAAUGCUCGCCUACUCUCAGGCCACUCAGAGAUCGUUCUGUGCCUCGAUCGCGGUGCUGGUGGGCGUGUCCUCGCUAGUGGUAGCAAGGAUCGUUCCGUGCGGAUAUGGGCGCCUGUCAGAAGGCAAGGCUCGCACGGUGGUACGUCACUGCCUUCGUUGACUGUGCCCGAGUGGGGAUGCGUUGCAUUGUGUCAGGGCCAUGCAGAGAGCGUCGGCGCGCUCGCCAUGUCGCGGAAGGUGGCCGACCCGAGCGCGCAGGCGGAGCUGAGCUUCAUGUUUACCGGCAGCCAGGAUCGGACGAUCAAGAUGUGGGACCUGUCUGCUGUGCCGCUGACGUGCAGUGGGAGCGAAGAGGAGCAUGUGGUCAAGUGCAAGAGCUUGACCACGCAGAAGGCGCACGACAAGGAUAUCAACUCGCUCGACGUCGCGCCGAAUGACAGGGUGUUGGCGUCGGGAUCGCAAGACCGGACAGCCAAAGUCUGGGAGAUUGUGUAUAUCAUCUCGGGCAGCGGCGCAUCGCGCUCGGCGCGGGGCGAACUGAGACUGCUCGGUACUUGCAAGGGCCACAAACGCGGCGUCUGGUGUGUCCGCUUUGGGCGCACUGAGCGCGUCCUGGCCACCGGCAGUGGCGAUAAGACCGUGAGGCUGUGGAGCCUCGACGACUUUGCGUGCCUCAAGACGUUCGAGGGUCACACGAACUCGGUGCUCCGCGUGGACUUUAUCAAUGCGGGGAUGCAGAUGGUGAGCUCGGCGAGCGAUGGGCUCGUCAAGCUGUGGAACGUGAAGGACGAAGAGUGCGUCGCGACGAUGGAUAACCACGAGGAUAAGGUAUGGGCGCUUGCUGUGAGCACGGACGAGUCCAUGAUCGUCUCCGGCGCAGCAGACUCGGUCGUCACGUUCUGGCAGGAUUGCACCGAAGAGCAGGAGCUCGAGAAGGAGUCCAAGCGCAAAGAGGUGGUCGAGAAAGAACAAGAUUUCAUGAACUACCUUUCCCUGCACGACUAUCGCAAUGCCAUCCAGCUCGCACUCGCCAUGGAGCAGCCAGGGCGGCUCUACUCCCUCUUCAAAAACCUCCAAUCCGAAUCCACCUCAGAUGCCACCUCCUCGCCCUCACCCUCACACACCGGCCACCCCGCCGUCGACACCGUCCUCCGCACGCUCGCGCUCCCCGACCUCGCGCGCCUACUCAAGUACGUCCGCCUCUGGAACGCGACUGCCAAGACGAGCAACGUCGCCCAGCGCGUGCUGCACGCUGUCGUCAAGCUGCGCCCCGCGGACGACAUAUCGCGCGCAUUCGGCGAGGGCGAAAACGCCCCUCUUGGCGUCGUCGAAGGUGAGGGCACCUUUGCAGUCGCACGUGUCGGCGAGCGUCGCGGGGCUACCGCACUUAAGGACUGGGUCGAAGCGGUCAUUCCGUACACGGAACGACACCUUGCGCGCAUGGAACGGUUACUGCAGGACAGUUACGUUGUCGACUACCUGCUUGGAGAGAUGGACGAUGGAAUGUUUGGCGACUCGGAUGAUGAGGGAGAUUACAGCGCCAGCGCCGCUAUGGAUGUCGACAGGACAGUAGAGGUGUCAGCAUGA